CGGGCGCGGCGCAGAGCGGGCGCGGCGCGGAGGGGCCGCGGAGCGGCGGCGGACGGGGGCGCGCAGCGGUGCGCUAUGCCUUUAACGGCGCGCAGGGCAGGCAUGCCGAGCGCGUAGUGCGGGAAAGUCGAGGCGGGGUUAAAGUUCAGCUCAUGGAGCGGCUCCGCGCUGGCUGCAGUUUGGCAGAGUUGGAAAUGUGAAAGCAAGAAGCAGGCUCGGGGCUCCCCCUCCUCUCCUCUCCUCUCUCUCUCUCUCUCUUUUUUUCCCCUCCUCUCUCUCCCUCUCUCCCCCUCUCUCUCUCUCUCUCUCUCCCUCUCUCCCCGCACACGCACACCUCCAAACCGCAGCCCCCCGCAGCAGUCAUGUAUUCUCCGCUCUGUCUCACCCAGGAUGAAUUUCAUCCCUUCAUCGAAGCACUUCUGCCUCACGUCCGAGCGUUUGCGUACACGUGGUUCAACCUGCAAGCCCGAAAAAGAAAAUACUUCAAAAAACAUGAAAAACGCAUGUCAAAAGAGGAAGAGAGAGCCGUGAAGGACGAACUGCUAAGUGAAAAACCCGAGGUAAAGCAAAAAUGGGCAUCCAGACUUCUGGCAAAGCUCCGGAAAGAUAUCAGGCCUGAAUUUCGGGAGGAUUUUGUUCUCACAGUCACAGGAAAAAAGCCUCCGUGUUGCGUUCUUUCCAAUCCAGACCAGAAGGGCAAGAUGAGAAGAAUUGACUGCCUUCGCCAGGCAGAUAAGGUCUGGAGGUUGGACCUUGUUAUGGUGAUUUUAUUUAAAGGUAUUCCGCUCGAAAGUACUGAUGGCGAGCGCCUUGUAAAGUCCCCACAGUGCUCUAACCCCGGGCUGUGCGUACAGCCCCACCAUAUAGGAGUUUCUGUUAAGGAACUCGAUUUAUAUUUGGCAUACUUUGUGCACGCAGCAGAUUCAAGUCAAUCUGAAAGUCCCAGCCAGCCAAGUGAAGCUGAUAUUAAGGACCAGCCAGAAAAUGGACAUUUGGGCUUCCAGGACAGUUUUGUCACAUCAGGUGUUUUCAGUGUGACUGAGCUAGUAAGAGUCUCACAAACACCGAUAGCUGCAGGAACAGGCCCUAAUUUCUCCCUCUCAGAUUUGGAAAGUUCUUCAUACUACAGCAUGAGCCCAGGAGCAAUGAGGAGGUCUUUACCUAGCACAUCCUCUACCAGCUCUACAAAACGUCUCAAGUCUGUGGAGGAUGAGAUGGACAGUCCUGGUGAGGAGCCAUUUUAUACAAGCCAAGGGCGCUCUCCAGGAAGUGGCAGCCAGUCAAGUGGAUGGCAUGAAGUGGAGCCAGGAUAUCUAAGAAACCCCGAACACCGCGGAGCACUACAUGGAAUGCCAUCGCCAACUACAUUAAAGAAGUCAGAGAAGUCUGGUUUCAGCAGUCCCUCGCCUUCGCAGACCUCCUCCCUUGGAACGGCUUUCACACAGCACCAUCGACCUGUCAUUACAGGACCCAGAGCAAGUCCACAUGCAACACCAUCGACUCUUCAUUUUCCAACAUCACCCAUUAUUCAACAGCCUGGGCCAUACUUCUCACACCCAGCAAUCCGCUAUCAUCCUCAGGAGACUCUGAAAGAGUUUGUCCAACUUGUCUGCCCCGACGCUGGUCAGCAGGCUGGACAGGUGGGGUUCCUAAAUCCCAAUGGUAGCAGCCAAGGCAAGGUGCACAAUCCAUUCCUUCCUACCCCAAUGUUGCCACCACCACCUCCGCCACCAAUGGCUAGGCCUGUGCCUCUGCCAGUGCCAGACACAAAACCUCCAACUACAUCAACAGAAGGAGGGGCCACCUCUCCCACUUCUCCAACCUACUCGACACCCAGCACCUCCCCCGCAAACCGGUUCGUCAGUGUUGGACCACGGGAUCCAAGCUUUGUAAAUAUCCCUCAACAGACUCAGUCCUGGUACCUGGGAUAAAAGUCUCCGCUUCCCACCACCCACCGGACAGACCACCAGACCCCUUCCCACCUCUGUAACACGGAAGCAGCAGCAACGCAGCGCAGCGACUUCACAUCGGCGGAAGGGGAGGCGAGCAGACACCGACAGCAAACUAGUACAUGGAAAUGGCAAACGUUAUGGUUGAAUGGCAAAGGCCGUAACUUUCUCGAGAUUUUCUUUGAAUUAUUUUUUUUUUUAGACAACUUAGGACUGUUGUAACUUCUCAUAUGGUGCUGGAAAUGGUUGGGCUUCAUAACUUUUGAAGUGUUUCAUUGGUAGUGUAAGCGUUAGGUGACACUGAGUAGAACUAGCCUCUGCUGCUGCUUACCAACUCGCUGUUGUAACACACUUCCCAUAUGGAGCCUAACUGUUUUACAGUAUCCUCAUCGAUUUUUCCCAUACAGGUGUGAGACUUCUUGAGAAAUCAUGAAACACACUUAAAACUAUAACUUUUGUAGUAGCUGAAUUCUGCAAUAUAUAACUUACCGGACAGACAUAGAGCAUGUUUUUCUGUAACAUAUCGGGGAAAAAAAAAAAAUUGCAGGUUUCUUUUUUUUUUUUUUUUUUGUUCUUGUUGUUGGGGUUUUGUUUCUGUUUUGGUUUGGUUGGUUUUUUUUUUUUUACAGUUGGCACUUAGAUACGUAACAUGAACCAUAAGAGCAUUGUCAACAAUUUUUUUCCACUCGAUUGCAGAGCGAUUUAAAACAUCCAACUACUACUAUUCACUUAGAAAAAAAAAAAAAAGAAAAAAAAGAAAAAAAGUUUGAAAUGCUGCACUUACAUUUUAAAAAAAAAAAAAACACCAACAUUUUUCAACAAUUUUCAACAAUUACACAAAAAUUCACACAGAAAUGGGGAAGUUGGUCUGUUUUGACAGAAACUGACAGGAAUCAAUCAAAACAAUCGAAUUUUGAAUUGAGUAAAGUGCAAUUUCAUUGGAUAGCUAAAUAUCUUUGUAAGAUAGAGAUUGUUGAAAAUUCUAUUUUUGUUUUCCAAGUCCUUCCACCCCAGGACUCUAAAUUAUUGGGGUAAAAAACAGCCUUGCAAGAAAAAGGGGAGCUAUUUUUGCUUUUUAUGUUUUUUAUUGUUGAACUUGUAUCCCUUUAAAACUGAAGGAAAAUUUAAAAAAAAAAAAAAAAAAACAAAUCUAAUGGUGCUUUUACCACAAUAUGUUAACUACAUUAAAUGCUAAUUAAUCAUUUUCUGUUAUCAAAGCACAUAACUAAAAUGAAAUCAUAAUAUCUGUUAAUUUUAUAAGCUAAAAGUCACUAUAAUGGAUUAUGCCAAUUCUGACAAAUUUUACGUGUUUCCGGCAAUAUAGGGUUUAUCAGUUCUCAAACACCUUGGGAAUAAGAGAGAACGGUCCAGAAAGUCAAACACCUUCGUGUCCCUGAACUGGUACAUUUUUCUGGACUGUGAAGAAAAACAUGACAGAAACGAACGAUGCUUAUGUUACAACUUAUGCCAGUUCAAAGCAAGGGCACUUGCUGAAGAAGAAAAAAAAGAAAAAGGAACAAAAAAAAAAAAGUUUGGACCCCAAACGUCCUGUAUCUUAUGUACAAAAAAAAAAAAGGAAAAAAAAAAGAAAAAAAAAAAGAGUGCAAGUGAUUUUUUCUAUCAGACAGCGGAGCACCCCUUUGCUUCACAUGCAACUUUAAGAAGGUUUCCUAUACUAUACAUAUAUAUACGUUCUGGUUGGCGUGUCCAGCUAAUCAGAGAAAGUCUCUGCAUGUUCUAGUGUUAGUAACUAAUUUUUAUAUAGUUAAUGUAGGGUAAAGUAGAGUGCAUUAAGACACAAUAUUGUAAUCCCUAUUCCAGGCACUUGCCUUUAAACUAUGUUUGUUCAACCCUUCAGAAGGGUUUCUACUACUGUCCUAUACAAUCAAGUAACUGAAAUUCUUGGGAAGACACUUUGCUCCUCAUCUUUUCCCUGAAACAAUGUUUUGUUUUGUUUUCUUAAUUUGCACGAAACAAAAAAGAAAAAGAAAAAAAAAAUUCCAUAUCAAUGUGCCUUGCCCUGGAUAGCGAUUAUUUGUGGAAUUGUUGCACAUGUUCCUAUAUUGAAAGGGGUUUUGCCCUAGUCAAGCAUUUGGAGACACUUUUUGUAAAUGUGACUUUUAUGUCAGCCAUUGUCAGUUUCAACAUCUAGAAUUAAAUAGGAUGUUAGUUGUUCCGCAGAUAGGAGUAGUGUUUAUUGUCCUGUAUGGUCAGUGGCAGUGCUAUUCUGAGAUCUGUAGAUGCUAGAUUAUCAGUAUUUUUGGAUGUUGCUGCAUUUUACAGUUUAUUUGGAGUCUUCCUUUUUUUUUUUUUUUUGUUUUGUUUUGUUUUCUCCCAGAUAUAUGAAAAUAUGCAAUACCUGCUUAUAUCAUGUAGAAAAGCUUAGCAAUUAUUAAUUUUUCUUUUAAUUUUUUUUUAUUUGACCAAAGUUGGUGCUGCACUUGACGCAGUGUGUUUUAGGUGUUUGUCUUUGUACUUUUGUGAUUUUGAAUGCACAUGCAGGAAGGGCUCUUCUUAGAGAAGCAGUCAAACUGUGAAGCACUAAGCUGAACCCUGCUUCAAGCAAUUUUUGUUUUACAACUGUUCCUUUCACAAGCAAGCCUUAAAAAAAAAAAAAAACAACUUCCUUUUUCUUCAGAUCCCACACCCAUUUUUAUUAGCAGACUGCAAUCAAUCCACAUUCAAUAAAAGUAUAUAAUGCCCAUUUUUAUAUGCACGUUUUUAAACUUCCAAGUUCUGAAAAUUGUUUACUGGUUAUUCUCUAUUUAAGGAAAAAAUAAAAUGUUUUGGAUUUUCAUAUGUGUCUGAUAAGUGGUUGAGUAGUCAUUUUGCUCUAUUGUAUUGUGUGAUUGUUAGUAUAUGGUAUCACAUCCUCUAGCCAGCAUCCUUUGCCUUCCCUAUAGCACUUAGCUGGGCAUUACUUUAUUAAGACAUAUGUGCACUAAAAAAAAAAAAUAGCAGCUUUCAGUGCUUCACAGUGAAGGGAAAAAAGCCUAGACAAACAUUUUGUCAGAACCUUGCUAUGAGACAAGGUAUUACCAGUAAAUUGGUUGUAUAUACAAUAAAAUUGCACCCUUUUUUAAACAAAACAAACUAAGCAAUAGUUUGGGCAGUUAGUUGUUUUUAGUGAGCAUGUUGUAGUCAUGGCUGCAAAGAGAGAGAAUUAAACUGCCCACUCAGAAGAUAUGUAAUUUGUAUGUUGUAUAGUUUUAUUGAUUACACUGAUUUAUUCUACCCUAUUUUAUAAUGCAGGACUUUUGUAAUGUUGUUUAAAUGAGGAAAAAUUUCUGUCAAAUUAGCUUAGUGGAAUUUCUGAUUGUUCGUUAUAAAGGCAGCGUUCAUAGAAUUGCUUUUUUUUGUUUGUUUUUAUUUGUUGUUUUGUUUUUUUUUUCCUUUGGGAACUGGAUUUAAGUUAAAAACUUUCCCGUUUCCUUUUUUUUGUAUGUAUUUAAAUACAGUUAUUUUUCUUCUCUCAAUGGUAUAGCAUAUUCCUAUGCUUGAGAAGUAUAGGCUACUGAAGAACCAUUGUAAAUGGACAUUACAGGUAUGCUGUAUUUUUGAAGGUAUUUUGUCAUAUUGAGUUUGAUGACGCUAAAGUUAGGGAACUCUGAGCAGAAUUGCGAGAAAAAAAAAUGUUUUAAAGGCUUUAAAACAUUAGGUAGGCGGUCAAGGGUGUUUAACCAACAGGGGUUGUAAAGUAUUACACACUAAAUUAAAUUUUCGUUCACCUUCCUCUCCCGCAGAAAACCCAGCAGUUCCGUUCUGUGCAGGUGUAGAGAACAAGCAGUGUUUGAGUCCUCCGAGGCAGGGCAGGAGGGGCGUCCCGCCCGGGGUGUGCCGGCUGCAGGCAGGGGCGGGCAGGGGCAGAAAGGAGCGGGCAGGGGCAGGCAGGAGCGGAGCCGGCGGCCGGAGCUCCCGCCCCAGGUGACAGUCCCUCUCCCCUCCCGGUCGCUCCGGUAUUUUAAGUCCCGCGAACAACUUUGAGGUUUGUUUGGUUUUUUUUCCUCCCCGAUUCCUUCUCUCCAGAAACCGUCAGACGCACAAACACUCUGACCUGUAUGUACCCAGCUCCCCCAUCCAAAUUUAAAGCCCUAGAAAUGGCUGAGCGCGAAUUGACUUUUUUCUCGAGUUAAUUCCUUCCUUUUAUUCCUCUUUUGUUUUUUUUUUGGUUUUUUGUUUGUUUUUUUUUUCCGAGCGAGGGCACUUGCUUGUAUCAUGCCGCACACCCCAGCAAUGCCAUCAUUAUUUAUUCUUCCUUUAUCAUAAAAAAACUUUCGGGCUUCAAGUUUAGGCAGCCAUGGUACACUUUGUCUCUGUUGCUUGUUCCCCCUCCCCUUGAGGUCGAAGGGGAAAAGAAACACCAAGUUUUCUCAACUCCACAGUAUUCAGUCAGCCCACAGGAAUAUGCAAAAUCCCUCUAACAUUUUUUUUUUCUUUCUCUAGUUCUCUUUGUUCCAUAUAUUUGCAGCUUUGUAGUAACAGUGUUAUAAAAUAUUUACUGUACAAAAAUACAAAAAAAACCCAGAUACAGAGCCUAAAACAGGUUGUUUUUUUUUCCUUGUGGUGAAUUACUUUUUUUAAGAAUGUCAGUUAACAUUGUACUUUGCAUUGUGUCUCUGGAAAUAUCUUUUUUUUGUUGUUGUUAUUUUUGGGGUGGUUUUUUUUUUUUUGGUAGAAGGCCUCCAUCGAACAAAAUUCAAACCAUAACCGGCAUGACAAUGUAAGGAGAGCUUCAAUGGCACCUAAACAAUAAAUAACUAGCAAAAUCAACCUCAUGAGGUCUGUCGGAGAGGCAGGUCUUGUGAAGUUAACACUGCCUGCUAGGCAGGAUUUUCAUUAAAUCAAGCUUACAAUGCCAAUUUUGUCUUGAAGUCAAUGCAUGUGUUACUGUUUGACAGUAAACCCAGCUAUGCCAUCAUCAAGUCCAAGGCUGCGCAAUAGUCUAAUUAGUAUCGAGUACAUUUUCCUUUUAUUUUUUCCAAUAAAAAAGCAGUGGGAUGAAAAUUGCUUUGAUAUAUAGCAGGUAACAUUGAAGCUAUUCCAUAGCACUUAACUGUAGUGAAUACUGUGUCACCAAUUCUGAAAUCAAUUUAAUGUUUAAUGCAAAUCCAUUACAUGGUGCUAUUACAGGCUGGCAAAAUGAUUUACAAAAAUGUGACAACUUGGGCUCAAUUCACUCUGCUUUCCAACAAUGUAAAUGCAUAGCAGUGUUUAUCUGCAUGAAAACUAUGCACUAAUCUAUCUGAAAAAGAAAAAAAAAAGAAAAGAAUAUAUCGACUUUGGUAUCUACUUUCCGUUUACUUCGAUCCUUGCCUUUUCGGUCAUUGUUAUAAUGCCAGCUUUAGGACAGAAAGAAUUAUAAGAAAACCAGCAUAAUACCUGAUAUAUUAAAAUGUAGUGCCUGUGAAAUCUGUAUUAUAUUGCUCUUCUGAAGUAAGAUUUUUCUACACCGGUAGCCUUCGCUGUCUGUCAGAACCUUCUGAUAUAGGUGAUGUAAAAUAACCGUACAAUAUUAAUGCAUGCUAUUCCAUAAUGCUUAGUAGCUGUAUGAAUAUUACUCAAAGUUAUGUUAGUCUUUUUUUCUGACUUGGUUCUUGUCAGAUAGGUUUAAAGAUAUUUCACUGAGAACGCAAAUUCUGUCUUUUCUUGAUUUGGGGUGUUUUCAGUAUUUUGGAGGUAUACAUUUACUUAAAUUCAGUAUUACUUGUGUUUUGGGUUUUUUUUUCUUUUUUUUCUUCUUUUUUUUCCUUUUUUUUUCCCCCCUUUUUUUUUUUUUUCUCCUUAGAGGGCAGGACAUGGUGUUUGAGACCAGAAAUCCGUGCCUGGUAAGAUUUUUGUCUUGAAAAGCUACCCUAAGAAUUCAGAGGGCUUGCUCUGAAGAACAGAUGCAUAAAGUUCAAAUUUAAGGGACAGUCCUUUAAAACCCACAAACGAGAUCGAGCUCACGUUGCGAGAGAUUUCUUAAUGGGCAGCGGUUCACCAGGUACCCAUGCUUGACCCUUCUUCACACCAGACUUCCUCAUAUAGAAAGAAAAAAAACCCUUUAAAAAAAAGAAAAAAAAAGAAAAAAAAAAGAAAAAAGAAAAAAAAAACCUCAUGUGGUUGUUUAGUUUCAUGCACAGUUGCAAUAUUUUUCUUCAGACAAACUCUGUACAAACUUUGGGCCCGAUUCAUAAAAGCUCCUUUGCUAUUAACACGGGAGACUGGUGGGCAUUUCUCCUCCAAAUUGAGGACGGCUCUUUCCCAGCGCACGCUUUGGCGAGCCCGGGCACGCGUGCCCGCUGGCCUUCCUCUCCCUCCCUGCCCCUCUCCGCCGCCCCGAAGCCGACAGGUGGGAAGGGGCGGCAGAGCCGAGAGAGGCGAGGACCAUGCUCUGACACCCCAGAGGCACAGGCUGGCAGGAGAGAGGGGGAGACAGGGGAGAGGAGGACUCCGUGCCGAGGCCGGGGCUGCGGGACACGGUGGUACGAGGCUGCUCGAUUACAAAAGAGAUCUUGUCCGUACCAGAACAAACCGCGCUAGAUCGCUACCUCUGAGCUCUAGAGAAAACCUUCGCAGAGGCGAACGCUUGUACACAAUGUGAACUUUUGUACUUUCUAUGCCUUUUUUUUCUUUCUUUUUUUUUUUUUUUAGGGAAGACUAUUUUCCACUUAGUUAAUCUUCUAUACUCGAGCAUGAACAAGAACAAUUGUGUUGGGUGAAAUUCCCCCUUUUAUCUCUAUCCACAAAUUAAUAUGAGGGGAAAAAAAAAGCAACAAAAAAGAUGAGUUUCUACAUGGAGCAUGGUAGGCAGAGAGUGCCCAGCUUGGCAUCCACUGCCUGCUCUCGCUGCCGGCGCCCGGCUGUGACCGCUGCCUUGGGGAAAGGUCUGUGAAAAUUCUUUGCUUUGGAAAUACAAUCAAGGAGAAACCUCCCUUUUGGGAGAGCUAAGCCCUGACCUAGCCCUGCCCCACUGCCUGAGGCUGGCCCAGCCAAGUCCCUCAGCGUCAAAUUGAAAUUUGGGGCGCUAAAAUUUCCACCGGCCGUGUGAAAGAUGUGCUGCAAAUUCACUUGACACCCGUGUUAAUACCAUGUCGUGUUCAUUUUUUUUUUUUAUGAGUCAGGCCCCUCGUGCCUCUAGUAUACUUGUAUUGACUCUCAUAGUUACCAUUUUAGUUUUACUGUGUUCUGUGAAAAAAAUUGUAAUUGGUUGAGAAUCACUGUGGGCAUCCAUUCUUAUUCAACUAAGUCUCCGCAGGUUUUUUGAGCUGGUGUGGAUUAGUUUAACUCUUGUAUUCAACCAUUAGUGCUACCACCUUCUCACAUUACAAUACAAUUACUGGAAGCAAGUACUGCAUUUCCUAUGCAACAAAAAAGGAAAAUAAAAAAUUGCUAAUGCUAA